AUUUUGCUGUUAACUGGGGGGUUGGCUGUGUCCGUGUCUGGGAGGGUUGAGCCCUGGUCCAGCCCAGAGCAGGAAGUGAGCCUCUCACCAUGCCAGCCUGCUGUAGCUGGAACGAUGUCUUCCAGUAUGAGACAAACAAAGUCACCCGGAUCCAGAGCAUGAAUUAUGGCACCAUUAAGUGGAUCUUCCACAUGAUCGUCUUUUCCUAUGUUAGCUUUGCUUUGGUGAGUGACAAGCUAUACCAGCAGAAAGAGCCUGUCAUCAGUUCCGUGCACACCAAGGUGAAAGGGAUAGCAGAGGUGAAAGAGGAGAUCGUGGAGAAUGGAGUAAAGAAAGUGGUGCAGAGUGUCUUCGACACCGCAGAUUACACCUUCCCUCUGCAGGGGAACUCCUUCUUUGUGAUGACAAACUUUCUCAAGACAGAAGGCCAAGAGCAGCAGUUUUGUCCUGAGUAUCCCAACCGCAGGACGCUCUGUUCCUCUGACCGGGGUUGUAAAAAGGGAUGGAUGGACCCACAGAGCAAAGGAAUUCAGACCGGAAGGUGUAUAGUGUAUAAAGGGAACCAGAAGACCUGUGAAGUCGCUGCCUGGUGUCCCAUCGAAGCAGCAGAAGAGGCCCCCCGGCCUGCGCUCUUGAACAGUGCUGAAAACUUCACUGUGCUCAUCAAGAACAAUAUCGAUUUCCCCGGCCACAACUAUACAACGAGAAACAUCUUGCCGAAUUUCAACAGCAGUUGUACCUUUCACAAGACUCAGAAUCCACAGUGCCCCAUUUUCCGACUGGGAGAUAUCUUCCAAGAAACAGGAGAUAAUUUUUCAGACAUGGCAAUUCAGGGAGGAAUCAUGGGCAUUGAGAUCUACUGGGACUGCAACCUGGACAGUUGGUCCCACCACUGCCGUCCCAAGUACAGCUUCCGUCGCCUUGAUGAUAAGACCACCAAAGAGUCCUUGUUCCCUGGCUACAACUUCAGAUUUGCCAAGUACUAUAAGGAAAACAACAUUGAAAAGCGAACUCUGAUAAAAGUCUUUGGGAUCCGUUUUGACAUUCUGGUUUUUGGCACUGGAGGAAAAUUUGACAUUAUCCAGUUGAUUGUGUACAUCGGCUCAACCCUCUCCUACUUUGGUUUGGCCACUGUGUUCAUUGACUUUCUCAUCAACACUUAUUCAAGUACCUGCUGUCGAUCCCGUAUCUAUCCCUGCUGCAAGUGCUGUGAACCCUGUGCAGUCAAUGAAUACUAUUACAGGAAGAAGUGCGAGUCCAUUGUGGAGCCAAAGCCGACAUUAAAGUAUGUGUCCUUUGUGGAUGAAUCCCACGUUAGGAUGGUGGACCAGCAGCUACUUGGAAAAAGUCUACAAGAUGUCAAGGGCCAAAAAGUCCCAAGACCUCUGAUGGAUUUCUCGGACUUGUCCAAGCUGCCCCUGUCUCUCCAUGACCCACCCCCCAUUCCUGGUCAACCAGAGGAGAUGCAGCCGCUUAAUGAAGAAGUGACUCCUAGAUCAAGAGACAGUCCAGGCUGGUGCCAGUGCGGAAGUUGCCUCCCAUCCCAGCUUCCUGAUAGCCACAGAUGCAUAGAGGAGCUUUGCUGCCGAAAGAAGCCGGGGCCCUGCAUCACCACCUCUGAGCUAUUCAGGAAGCUCGUCCUGUCCAGACGUGUCCUGCAGUUUCUCCUGCUCUACCAGGAGCCCCUGCUGGAGCUGGACGCAGAUUCCACCAACAGCCGGCUGCGGCGCUGCGCCUACAGGUGCUAUACCACCUGGCGUUUCGCCUCCCAGGACAUGGCUGACUUUGCCAUCCUGCCCAGCUGCUGCCGCUGGAGAAUCCGGAGAGAGUUUCCUAAGAGUGAAGGGCAAUACAGUGGCUUCAAAAAUCCAUACUGACAGCAUGGGGCUGCAGCUGUCAAGUUAAUGUUACCUUUGCAAGAAACCUGGGCUUCACCUGCAAAGAUCUGUGGCUGAAUUUUCAGCCAAAGGGAAAUAUGUUUUCCUCUCCUACUGCUCUAUGUGUGUCAGAGAGCAGAGUAACCUGGUUAAAUAAACAAACAAGUGAGAAUCCCUCCACAUGGACUGAGUCAAGAGACUCCAAUUUUCAGGAUCUUGGUCUUAAGAGGCUGGCAGCUUCCACUUUCUGUCCUUUGGAAUUCUUGCUGUGGGGGAAGCCAACCCCCAUGUAAAAGCAACAAUACUGAGACCACCCUGCUGUGAGGAAAGCCAAGCAGCCACAUGGAGAGCAGAGUGCCUGACCAGCCCCCAGCUUUCAAGCUAUCCAAGCCCAGUCACCAAACAUGGGAGAGAAGCCUUCAGGUGAUUCCAGACCCUACUAAAAUAUGAUUGAAACUGCUAGAGACACCCCAACAGAGAAAUGCCCAGUCAACCCAGAGAACCACACUGCUGCCUUAAGUCACUAAGUUUUGGGAUUGUUACACAGCAAGAGGUAACUGGGACAGAGAGCAAGCCCUGGUUCUAAGGUUCUUAGGGAGUCCCAACCAUCCCUGAAGCCCCUCAGUAACCAAGGUUUCUACUGGUCAGUUCUAGGAGGGCAGAAGACCAAAUAGGGUAACUCACCAGACCAGCCCUGCAAUCCAUCAAACCUAACUGCCAAGCUACCUGAUACACUGCAAUCCUCCUCACAAGCUACUGUUGUUAGAAACAAGAAAAAGCUACCUUGAGACAUUUAACAUCCUGUAUUUUGCAGCCAGUUAGAACUGGUUUAGUCUGGAUGGCAACCCCCACCCAAACCUUCACCAUUUCUAUACAUCAUCCGCUAAGAAUAUGAAAAUGAAUAGUUGCAGGUAUUAGGAUCCUGCUUCAGGAUUUCCUUUUCAUGGUUUUGUCCCUAGAGUUGGCUAUUUAUUUCGAAACAACUAUUUUAAAUAAUAAAUAGUUUAAAGGACACUAUUCAAUACUGUCAUUGAUGAUGGAUUGUGAAUUUUUUUUAUACAUACUCU